AUGUUCGCCUUGAACACUUCCCCUCGAUCUCGAACUCGUCAAUACUCUUCAUCCUCCUCGUCUUCUGACGUAUCCAUGGCACAACGCGACUCUAUGGACAUUGACAUGGCUGGUGUGUUGGAUAUCCAGCGUGCUCUCGAUAUUGCUCGCAACACUGAAGGCGACCUCGACCACUCUGUCGCAAAGUACCUGGAAGAACAGCUUGCCCAAGUAUGGGGCCGACUUGAGUCUCGUCCCAACAGCUACGUUCUUUCCAAGGACGAGUUCGCCAUCUUCAACUACUUCGUUGGUCGUUACCGAGACUCAGAGGUGGCCGAGAAGGCCAUUGCACGCUUCUGGUCAAGCUACCAGGACAACAGCUCCUCGUAA